AUGAAUAGGGAUGGGCAACUCGCAAUCACAGUUGGACUCCCGCAUUUCGUUGUGAAUGCCGAUAACGGGAGUCCAACACUUAGACGGCGUGGGUUUGUUUUUCUCAAAAAAUCCCAGAAACCCAAAAAUAUGGCGAGCAAGGCGAAACGUCAAAGGAAUGAACAGGUUGAAAGCAUUGAAACAGCGAAACCGAAGAAAGUAAAAGGGAAAAAGCAGACCGACGCCGGCUAUGGCUCAGGAGAUUUCUCGGGGGGCUGGGACGUGGAUAGCUACCGCACGGAGUACGAGAGCGAGGAGCACUGGGAGCUGCGCCGCAAUUUCAUGUUGGCCCACAAGGAUACCUACGACGAGGAUCGCCUAGUGUGCUUGGCCCAAACGUUUAUUAACAUGGAGUUCCUGGGUUGCAAGUACCCCUCCGAGACGAUGCACCUCGUGGCUGAAAUGUCCAAGGAGAUCGCCGAGGAGUUCCGGCGCAAGCGAGACCAACGCCUGAAGCGCACAUUUGUGUCGGCCUCGGACGCGGCGGAACAGCGCGCCAAAGGACGCAGGGGCGCAACGGCAAAUCCGCCACCUGAAGCACAAGCCUCAAGAAGAUCCAACCAAGACUCACGACUGUGCUUUGGCGGUGGCGAGCCUAUCAAUCUUUUCGAGGGUCUGCGCUUCGGACAACUUAUUUUGUACCUGGCCGGAGGGCGCAGUUGUCUUCGUAACUCCUGCACAGCCAGCAACCUGAAAUACGACGAACGCGCCAGUCUAGAGCUCCAGGCAACAGACACAACGAAAUACGCCGAAGUAUUGGUUAACGACCAGGUUAUAGCUACUGGCCAGGGUGAGAAUCUGAAGGCGGCCAAGCAAGCGGCCGUUAAGCAAGCGCUUCUCCUACUGCAGACACACUGUUACAGCAUUAAGCUUAACGCCUCGCGCCAAACUAUAAAGGUGGAGAAGAGUAAGACCGGCGUGAACAUAAACGUUACCAAAGAGUCUGCCGACAGUCUUGGGGAUUCCAAGCUAGACGCCAGCAACAAGGGAUACCGCAUGAUGCGCCUGAUGGGCUGGACAGGUGGCGGCUUGGGAAGCCAAAAGCAGGGGCGCGAGGAGCCUGUGGGAUACUUACUGAAGAACAAUCGCACCGGCCUGGGCGCUAAAAAUCAGCAUGGUAACCUGGACGAUUACCGCAAACUAAUAGAGAACUAUGUUAAUUCAGAUGACAUGCGCGACAUGCAGUUUGAGCCGACGUUUUCGAAAGAAGAACGCGCCUCGUUCCACCAAAUGGCCAGCCGAUUUGGAUUGCGGUCCAAUAGCUACGGCACUAAAGAGAUCCGACGACUGCUGAUCACUAAGAAGGUCAGUUACAGCACCAUCCUGACAGAGAUCCUUUUCCGGCAGAAUCCAAAGUUCUGCGAUCGCUAUUUUGUGCAGGUGCCCAUGCAAAAGGCCCACCUGUUCCCCGGUCAUGUCGCCGGACUGGAGCUGGAAAAUAUGUGUGAAUAAUAAAAACUCGGCUCGUAUUAUACUCGUAUAUAAGAAUUUUCUAAACCAUUAGGUUUAAGCUCAAAGUUGUCAAAAUACAAGACAUGUAGAACUAUGAAGUUAAAAAGUAAAUAACAAAUCCGUAAAUAAA